GGGACCCCGUGGAGCGGCCGGCUAGCCCGCGGGGCUUGGCGGGCAUGCAGGCUGCUCGGUGAGUCCCGGCACCGAGGCCAUGUCCGAGGCGCGCUGCCGGACCCUGUACCCCUUCUCCGGGGAGCGGCACAACCAGGGGCUGCGCUUCGCGGCCGGGGAGGUCAUUACGUUGCUGCAGGUCCCGGACGGCGGCUGGUGGGAAGGAGAGAAGGAGGACGGGCUCCGCGGAUGGUUCCCCGCCAGCUACGUGCAGUUGCUGGAGAAGCCUGGAAUGGUCCCCCCUCCGCUGGGAGAGGAAAGCCAGACUGUUGUCCUUCCACCUGGCUGGCAGAGCUACUUGUCUCCUCAGGGCCGGCGCUACUAUGUCAACACGGCCACCAAUGAGACCACCUGGGAACGCCCCAGCACUUCUCCUGGGAUUUCAGCCAGCCCUGGCCCUCACAGGAGCUCUCUGCCUCCAACAGUGAAUGGAUACCAUGCAUCAGGGACCCCAGCGCACCCUCCAGAGACUGUCCACAUGAGUUUCCGAAAACCCACCGGUGAUUCCCAGAACCUGGGCUCCUCAUCACCAGGCAAAAAGCACAGUAAGGAAAACACCAUCACUAUCAACUGUGUGACAUUCCCUCAUCCCGACACCAUGCCCGAACAGCAACUGCUGAAGCCAACAGAGUGGAGCUAUUGUGACUACUUCUGGGCUGAUAAGAAGGACCCCCAAGGCAAUGGCACGGUGGCUGGAUUUGAACUGCUGCUCCAGAAGCAACUGAAAGGCAAACAGAUGCAGAAGGAGAUGUCAGAGUUCAUCCGAGAAAGGAUAAAGAUUGAAGAGGAGUAUGCAAAGAACUUGGCCAAACUCUCCCAGAACUCCCUGGCUGCACAGGAGGAAGGCUCCCUGGGAGAAGCCUGGGCCCAAGUAAAGAAGAGCCUUGCAGAUGAGGCUGAAGUUCACCUUAAGUUCUCUGCCAAACUCCACAGUGAGGUAGAAAAGCCCCUGAUGAACUUCCGUGAGAACUUCAAGAAAGACUUGAAAAGGUGCGAUCACCAUAUUGCCGACCUCCGCAAGCAGCUGGCCAGCCGCUAUGCCUCCGUGGAGAAGGCCCGAAAAGCCCUCACAGAGAGACAGAGAGACCUUGAGAUGAAGACCCAACAGCUGGAGAUCAAGUUGAGCAACAAGACAGAAGAGGACAUCAAGAAGGCAAGGAGGAAGUCCACGCAGGCUGGAGAUGACCUCAUGCGCUGUGUGGACCUCUACAACCAGGCCCAGUCCAAGUGGUUUGAAGAGAUGGUGACCACCACUUUGGAGCUGGAGCGGCUAGAGGUGGAAAGAGUGGAGAUGAUCCGGCAACAUCUCUGCCAGUACACACAGCUGCGGCACGAGACGGACAUGUUUAACCAAAGUACAGUCGAGCCUGUGGACCAACUGCUUCGAAAAGUGGACCCAGCCAAAGACAGGGAGCUGUGGGUCAGAGAGCACAAAACAGGAAACAUUCGCCCUGUGGACAUGGAGAUCUAGACACACUUGCGCAGCCCCUGGGGAUCCUGCCUGGGAGAGGCUAGGGGGCCUGUGGAGAGAGGGUGGUGGCUCAUGCUGGGUGGAGCUGCCCUCUUGUCUGUUUUCCCAGUCCACUGAGGAGAAGGGAAAGAGCUGGUGGUUCCAGAAAGGCGACCUGGCCCAACUGGGGAGGCCAGUGGCACCCCAAUAGUGCCAGGCCAUGAAAACAGACCCACAACCCUGCCCUUGUUUCCAAGACUAAGCCUCCCUAACUCCUGCCCUGUGCUUGUCAUUUAGAGAGCAAACUGAGGCUGGAAUUCUGUGACCCCAACUAAGCUCCAAACGGGUGGCUGUCACAUGCUUUUGUCCAUGGAUGCUCAAGACUCACCCUCCAGCUGGCCCCAUUGUCUCCAGGGCUUUGAAAAACCAGAGGGGAGAAGUUUCCAUCCAACCAAUGUUAGUGUCAGAAUAGUGGAUAGAAGGCACCAUUCCACUCACAGCUCACACCCAGAAUUUUUUUUUUUUUUUUUUUGCAAUUCUCCCCUGUUUUUUCCCAUUGCAUUCUGGAAGCCCACAUCUGGCUUUUCUCUGGUCACUUUUCAUCCCCAGGGGUCUUAGGAAGGAAGCUUGGCUCCUGUCAUCCCAGACCAAGCCUGGCUGGAAAGGGCAGGAUGGGACUACCUCAUUUGGUACAUCAGCCCAAAGUCAGAGCAUGUAUUAAUCCUGGUUCCUAGCAGAUCAGACAUCCACUCCAAGCCCCAACCCACCUAUCAGCUGGCAUGCUUGCCUGCUCAAGCAAGCCUCUUGCCCCUGCCCUGGCCUACUUCCCUGCCCAGGACUCAGCUAGUUGGGAACAUACUGAAAGGCUUUGAGGGUAGAGACUUCCUGGCUUGCCUCAGAGACCAGUAGGCACAGAGGGGCCAGCAAGGAUCUGUCUGUAUCCAUGUCCCCUGCACCUUGAGCUGGCCCAGCCACUGCUCUCCCAGGGGUGUCAUCGG